UUCAUCCCGAGGAUGUCAAUAUUACUUUGUCUUACUGUCUGUCAUUGCAGUUCUUAUGACUUGUGUUCCGAGAAUGUAGUGUUCGAUCGAAUUCAAUCUCGUCAAGAAUAGAGGGAAAGUGAAAAUCAAAAUAUUAUCGGUUACCAAUGCGAAAAUUCUAAUAUUUCACUGCCGCCCAGUAACUCGGAUUUACAUACGUAUGCCACACGGUCCCUAGAGGACGGAAGUGCUAAUGAUCAUGAUCCUACGAGUGUCAAAAGCCCGCCCCAAGAUCAUUUUGAGAUGCCAGGGUAUUUACCCGAUUAUGAACCCAUGAGCAAAUCCAUCAAGUGUUUAUUGGGGGUACAAAAGUGAUGGAGCGGAAAUUUGGCUAAAUACAGCAGCUAUUGCCAAUGUGUACAAUGAAGUGACUACCUGGCAGAAGAACACCUUUCUAGUCCCUUAGGGAAAUGCACCAUAUAGCUCUAACAGACGCCAUUGUACUUUUGGCACUAGUGCUGCAAAAACCUAGUCAAGGUUCAAAAGUGAAAGAUCAUCAAGAGUGCUUGUCAAGGAGGUUAGCUCUAUGGAAAGAGGGAGAGACAGACACACUCCUACGUGAAGGGCAAAUGAUACAAAAGAGCCUCACAAAGCCUCGAAGAAAUGAUCCACUGAAUAAAGCUAAGAUGUUUGCAAAACUGGUAUUGGGGGUCAGAUAAAUUCCGCUCUUCGGUACGGUAGUGAACAGGACUCUGGGGGGCGUUCUUUUACCUACUGAUGAUGUAAUGAUCCAACUUCAGGAUAAACAUCUGAGUGGACAGAAAGCCCAGCUAGGAUCCCUGGUCUUUGGCCCAACUGAAGAUAUCCCUCAUGUUAUCUAUCACCAAAUAAAUGGAGAAAUAAUAAAAGAAGCGGCACUCAAGACAAAAGGUUCUGGCUGUCCUUGGGGAUCGAUGCAAAUGGUUUUAGAAGAAUGCUCGCUAGCAACUCCUAUAAGAAGUCUAGUGCAAGUCUUUGUGACGCCAUAGCCAUGCUUGCUAAAAGACUUUGUACAGAGCUUGUUGACCCUGUGGUAAUUGAACCAAUUUUGGGAAAUCGAUUAAUUCCACUCAACAAGGGCGAUGGCGAGGUGCAACCGAUUAGAGUCGGAGAGGUGGUGAGGAGAAUAAUCGCCAAGUGUGUAACAAGGUUGACAAAGCAGGAUAUUAUUAAGGCCAGCCGCUCAUUACAAUUGUGCGCGCAUCUGAAGAGUGGAGCUGAGGGAGCCAUUCAUGCCAUGCAAGGUAUAUUUGAUGCUGAUGAUGCAGAUGCCGUGUAACUAAGUGAUGCCUCGAACGCUUUUAAUUCAUUGAACAGGGCUUCUGCCUUGCAUAAUGUUGCUGUUCUUUAUCCUACUUUAGCCACAUAUGCCACCAACACCUAUAGGGCACCUGCACACCUCUUUGUCACGGGCAGUAAAGAACUGAAAUCUACAGAGGGCACUACACAGGGUGACCCCUUAGCAAUGAGCUUCUAUGCCAAAAGACUUCAGCCUUUAAUCACCCAUCUCAAUUUAUCCAGCAAUGCAAAGCAAUGCUGGUACGCUGAUAAUGCAACAGGCGCUGUUUGGCUAGAGGAGCUAAGGGAGUGGUGUGACGGGCUAAAUGAAAUGGGACCUAGCCUGGGGUACUACCCCAAUGCUAAGAAAUGCUGGUUGGUCACCAAACCAGAAAAGGAGAAUGAAGCGAUGGAAGUAUUCGGUGACAAGGCAAUAAAAAUAUCGACUCAAAGCCAAAAACAUCUGGGCGCCGUGCUAGGCUCUAGAACUUACCUAGAGGAGUAUGUGAAAGGGUAGGUAGAGGACUGGGUUGAGCAAGUGGUGAAGCUCAGAAUUCGCUGCAGCUAAUCCUCAAGCCUCAUAUGCAGCCUUCACUACUGGAUUGAAACAACGCUGGACUUAUUAUCUGACAUCAUAGAACUGCUAGAGCCUCUGGAGCAUGCAAUAGGCAAUGUCCUCAUACCCACCAUGACAGGGCACACUUGUACACCCCCUGAGCUUGAAUUGCUAGCACUUCUGGUGAGGCUAGGGGGACUGGGUCUCACAAACCCAUGCCGAAAUGUGACUAAGGAGUAUGGGGCCUCAAUCAGGGUAACACAGCCUGUGGUAAAGCAGAUAGAGGCUCAGGCACUCGAGCUCCCAGAUGAUGAUGACAUAUGGAAAAUGCAGCAGUACAACCAAAGGGAGAAUGAAAACAUCUUAGAGAAAGGCUAGAGGAAGUAAAGAGUGUACUCCCUGAUAACACCAGGAGAGACGCUAUCCUUGCUACAGAAAAAGAUGCGUCUAGCUGGCUAACAGUUAUCCCAUUAAAGGAUAUGAACUUUACUUUAAACAAGAGAGAGUUCAGGGAUGCUGUUCAUCUCCGCUAUGACUGGCACAUAGCUGACACGCCCUCCACUUGUAUUUGUGAAGAUACUUUUACGGUGGAUUAUGCCAUGGUGUGUAAACAAGGAGGAUUCAUCAUCCAGAGGCAUAACGAGCUGCAUGAUCUUGAGGCUGAUGUGCUAAACAUUGUUUGCCACGAUGGGCAAGUGGAACCCAUACUCCAGGAGAUAAUGGGAGAAGUGCUGACGAGGGGUACGAACUUAGCACCGGAUGCCUGACUGGAUGUUCACUCUCUUGGGUUCUGGUAUGGGCAAGGCUUUGCCUUUUUUGAUGUGAGGGUUUUUCACCCAAAUGCAGUCUUACAAAGAUCUCACCAUCCAGCAGAUUUAUCGCAAACAUGAAGCAAAUGCAUUCUGGUUGUACAUUGUGUCACUGUUAUGGGGCUCCACAAAUCCUCUUAUAAGAAAAGGAAGUAAAGGGAUAGAGGAUAUUCACAGACCAAGUCGCAUUGGGCAGUUUUUUGCAGAAGUGCUCUUUCUUCUAUCCAACUGGAAGUAUUUGAUUCCCUUUUUGUUAAACCAGAGUGGAUCAGUGGUUUAUUACCUGACACUUGCAUCUGCAGAUUUGUCUGUUGCUGUGCCAGUUACUAACUCUUUGACUAUGAUCAUCACCACAUUGACUGGGAGGCUUUUAGGUGAAGACAAUAUUAAUGCAGGAACAUUCCUUGGAAUGAUGCUUGUUGUAUGUGGGGUGAGCAUAUGUGUUAUGGAUAAAACACUAUAAAUCACCAUAUAAGUCCAAAAACUAAGCCUGUUUCUCAGAUUUACACUGUACCACAUCAUUCACACAGGAUUUGGUCAACAGUGCCACCCCAUUUUGCUAGGGCAAUGGGAUCUGACCCAAGUGUUGUGUCAGAUUCAAAGAGGGUGCACGCGCCUUGUUUUUGCAGGAAAUGGCAAAGAACCUUUGAGACACCAUUAUUGUAGGGUAGAACCACAGUGGAUUUGGAAUUGUGCAUAGGAA